UUAUGUCACUUAUCAUUGAAGAAUGUUAGAGCACUAGCGCCACAAACUUCUCAAAAUACGAUCUCGGUUUUAAUAGGGUUAUAAAAUGACGCAAAUAUGAUAUGACUGAACUCUGAAGUCAGAACGUGUGAAUUCACAAAGAGAAAGCUAUUAAUUAUUUAAUUGAUAGUAGUUAUCGUACUCGCAAUAAUUGUCGACGACGUAGGGAGCACACGUGCCGAUGUCAUUAUCAUUUGUUUAUUGUACUGUGACACAGUGUCGCUGAUAUAUUAACAAUAACAUAAAAGUAAUUGUUUGUGUAAAAAAUAUUGUUCCUGGAGCGAUAACAAUGCAUUUACGGACUUUAUUAAUUGUUUUUUUACUAUCUCUUGCGUAUGGAGAAGACAGACAGAUCAUAUCAAAGCUGAAUCCAGGUUGUCCAUUCCCCAAGACUAACAAGACCCUAGUGUACAUACAAGCCCGAGGCAGCCAUGACACCAUCCACCAAGUCUGGGACUUCACAAGAGGGAUGCCAACCAUAAUAUACCUUAUCUCUUCAUUAAACUCCACCCUGGAUGUUAUAUGGGAUGAUACGGAGCCUUCCAAGUUCGUGUUGAAGGGACAGAGGCUGUAUAGUUUUGCAGCUACCAUAGACAAGUUACACGAAUACGAUGACAUAGACAACAACGGGCACAUCGAUAACAAAUGCCCGCAGCGCGCGAUAUCGUUCCGUAACGCGGUGUGGAGCCGCAGCGCGAGCGUGCUGACCGGACAGGAGGCCAUGCUGCACAUGCAGGGACACUUCGAGGAGCACUGGAGGAAGGGGACCGUCGAUAUUAAGCUGGACCUCCUCCCCUACACUGACUACGCCGUAGACCUUCCCCACUUGAUCCACACCGCCAACUCGACGCUCGUAGACAUCGGGCUGGUGAACCUGACUACGUCACGUGACUACAACGCGUCACGAUAUGCCAUACACUUCGUGAUGCUCAGUACUGAUAGCAAGCAGGAGAAUAUGACGUAUACCAUGAGGAAGAGCUUGGAUGAUGAGCAUACGCCAGGAGUUUUUGAGAUAUUCGAGAUCAAGACUCCGAAGUCGUAUCGGUCGGACGACGGCGGCUUCAUGCAGUUCCGGCCGGUCGGCUACACCGAGCCCGAGCGCAGCGUCUCCUCGUCUACCAACGCUUACAUCUCGAACUUCACCAAAACAAGUCUACCAAAAUCAAGCAUCCUGAAGGUGUUUUACGAGGACUACAACAGUCUCUUAGUCCAGGAGAUGUUCAUAUCGUUCGGUCUGCCCGGAGACGGGUACUACAGACAACACAACUAUACUUCUUGGUCAUUCACAAUAGGCUACGGCGCGCCGCCAGUAGAGAGCUUCUCUCUGUUCGUCAUCAUCAUAAUCUCCAUCGGGCUCGGAGUGCCGGUCCUGCUGGCUCUGUCCGGCAUCACCUACGUCUUAGUCAGGAGGUGUAAGCAGAGGAACACGCCCACCAGGUUCACAGAUGAUGAUUAGAGGUAUUAGUUGUACGAGUAGUAAACUUGGCCUAUUGACUGCACCAUAACUGAGUUAAGUGAAUUUGAAGAAGACUUAACAAUUACGGCUGUAUUUAAAAUGUCUAUUUGUGUAUGCAUUUCACUUAGCUAUGACAAAGAAAGCGUGAAACUUAGGCGUUUUAACCGACUUCGAAAAAGAGUUUCUUAAAUCAGUCGAUGUGUUUUCACUCAGAGUCCACAAUCACGUCUUAAAGUGAUAUUAAAAUGGCGACAUUACACUCUACCUGGAGCGCUCUCUUCCAUCGCAUUAUAAUAAUACGUUAAGACGUGGCGGUAGGCCUCCAGUGUUGAUCUUAAACACGACUGUUCUUCUAUUGUUAAAGCUACAGCUUUCUGAAUGUGGUUGGUUGACUAUCAAACCUACAGCUAAUCAUAGCGGUUCGAGAUUUGACAGACGAGUAAGGAUUCUUGUUGAUCAACUGUUUGAUGAGGACUGCUUCUUAAAUAUUUUAAACAAUGAAAAAUCAUGAAGUUUUCAUGAUUUUGCAUUGUGUAAAUUUUAGAUUUGUAUUUAAAUAUAGUAAAAUUUUAGUUCCUAAAUUGUAUACAACUAUAAUUUGGCUUUGAUAUUUAGUUUUUGUACAUUCAAUGCUAGUAAUUUGUGGGGUUAUUUACAAGCUAAUAUGCUACUCAAACUGUCAACUAAAACUACAGAAUAAUCAAGGUUGUGUUCAUCAGAAUAUACCAAUCUAAAUAUAUCUAUCAAAUCACCAAUCUGAAUGAAUCAAGAUCACGUGACUCAGUGAAUCAACCACAUUAAAUUAAGUCACAUAACAAUUUGUUGAACACCCAUAUCAAUUUUUACUUCUUCUAUUUUACUAGAUCUUCGGACACGAGGUCCUUGAUACCCGACUACUUCUGUCUCCAGCUAUAUGUUGUCUUCAUUGACAAAAGGCUUAUACCAUACCAUAUCUUCUCUUUUGCUUUAUACUCUGCUCUCUAUCUAAUAAUAUAUAAAUUCUUAGACGAUUGUAAAUAGCCCCAUGUGGUACUAUAAAAUAAGCAAUAAAUUCUGAGAACGUUCUAAAUAGCCGCAUUUUAUAGCUUAAAAGCCAAGAGUUCAAACUUAAUAGGUAAAUAUAAAAGUAAAUUAUCGUAAUCGCGUUUUCAAGUUAAUAAUAAAAUGUACAUUAAAAUAACAAUACUCUAAUUAAAAGAGAAACCUUGUUCUAGAAUUCACACGUUCUAGUUUCGCAAUAAUGAAAACGACAUUACUUUUUAAAUUUAUUACAAUUUAAAAGCAAAUGUAUGUAAUGAGUGCACACAAUUUAGAUAUGUUUGCUUAUUGGUUUCAAAUGUUUAAAAGUAUUAAUAUGGAGUGAAUGUUUAAUAUUGAUAUCCAGUAGUGUGCACUGCAAAUGUUAUGUUAAUAAAACCUUUUUAUCGGGAGAGACAAUAUAAUAGAAUUUGUGAGUUUCAAACAGUUUGUCAUAUAAGACCGAAACGUAAAGGAGGAGACAAACUGAUCCCACGUACGCGAAGUAUACAACGCAUUAUUAUAUCAGCCCCUGCAGUCAAGUGAUAUUUCUACAAUCGUUAGCGUUAGUAGAAAACAGAGACAGUUCAAAGAGAUGUCACUUACUCAAACGCAAAUGUCAUUUACAUAAAUUAGAAUGUUAUCUAUUGAUGCUUAUGUUUGUAGUAAAACAUAUAGUACCUACCCAAGGAGGCAUAGCAUUGCAUGGGACAAGUUUAUCUUUUCUUUACGAACUCUUGACUAAGCAGUCCUGUAAGGUGAAAGGAACUAGUCUUCGGAAACCUCUGACGUCUGCGAGUGAUUGCAAUAGUUCUUUAGUAUUGAGAUAAUCAUUCAUAAAUAGUAGUAAACACGGCUGCGACUUAGUCAAAAUAUAACGUUAAUUAAGUUUUUUUUAUAAUUAAUUAAUUAUUAUCUUUAUUCGCUUUGUCAUACAGCUUACGUGAAAAAAUCAAAUUAUUAUCUAAAUGUAUUUUAUAUCGAUAUAAGUGACUUGUUGGGUACCAGAAAGUGCCUAAAAUUAGUUUAAUUUAGAAAAAAUAAUUGGCGAUGUACUGGAUUGCAGAACAAACAAUUUUGUUGCCACACGCAAAGUUAAGCAUAGAAUUGUGUUACCAUGUAAAAUAUAUACUAAAGUAAAAUUGAACUUUUAUUUAAAUUUAUUGUAAAGGUGAUUUUGUAUUCAAGGGUUAAUUAAAUAAGACCAAGCGUAGUUUGAAAAAGUAAAUUACAUUAAUUAUCAAUUUGAAUCAAAAUUGCUUUUAUAGAUUCCAUGUAAAACGAUUUAUUCUUAAAUAAAAUAAUCUCAUUAAACUUAAACUUAAAAUAUAUAUUGUCGUUAAAAUGAUAUAAUUAUGUUCCAAAUACUUGUGAUGUUGCAGUAUUUUGAUAAAUGUUUUGAAAUACAGAAAAUAUUUAUUGGUCUAGUUUAAGAAUUGACUAUUUAAUUUCAUAGAAGAAUUUUGACGCCUUUAUUCUGUUUCAAUAAGGUUGCUUUUUGUGUAAGUUACUAUUGACUUAUUUAAUUUUAUUAUUCUUCUUGUAUUUUGAAAAUGGAGCAUUUAAAUAUAUGAGUAGUAGCGCACAUUGAUUAAAAUUAAUUUGAUAUUAAUUUGCCUAAAUAUUAAAAAAAAAUCAACCUUAUGAACAUAACAAUAAAAGCGCAAUUUAAAUAAAUGAUAUUGAUAAAGACAUUUGCAUGACGACAUUUAUAUUUUUUAAUCUAAUUUUGUAUAUUUUUGUAAAUUAUUUUGUAGUGUUAUAGUUAGCAGUGUAUUUUCUGAUGUGAUAUUAAUUUGGAUUGUCUAUUUGUUUUGUAUAUAGGUUUAUGUGUACGAAAUAAAUGCACUAGUAUUUUAAAA